UCAAGGUGGGAGCCAGUGCAUCAGCGAUUGCUCCGCGUUACACAUCAGGUUGCUAGUGACAGCUGAUGAUAACUAUGAGGUGUGUGCGGGACGUAUUCUACAACACAGAGUGAAUCAUGUUCCUGUGUGAUGAGACAAUGUGGGGAUGUUGCCUCCUCCUUGCAACGUUUGCACAUGCAGCUGCAGCAUCAGAAAGAUACACGUGUCCGGAAGGCUGGUUGCUGAAACAAGCAUCUUGCUACAGAUGGGGCACGACUCAAGUCACAUACAGCCAGGCCACGUUUCAGUGUAAAGAGUGGGGGGCAGGCCUCAGAGUUAUCAACAGCGAGCAGGAAAACGCACUGUUUUCAGGAUCAGGCUCGAACAGUGGGACACAAUACUGGUUGGGAAUAGACAGAAAUAAUGGCAAUAGCUGGCGUGUAACCGACCAUCUCGGUCAGUCACAGAGCCCAGUGUACACUGCAUUUUCUUCGAGGAGUGAAAAUUACCGCUCUCUUUGUGCUGUGUGGUCCUCAACAGAGACCUCUUGGUCAAAGGUCCGGUGUGGUUCAUCAUAUCACUUCAUAUGUCAAAAGCCAGCAGACUGUGCCCAGAACAUGUUUGGUGGGAACUGUUCCUCGGAGUGCCACUGUAAAGGUGGGCCAUGUGAUCCUGCAUCUGGGAUCUGUAAACAUGGCUGCUUAUUGGGUUGGAGUGGACAGUCGUGUGACACAGAAAAACUCAAAGCUGAAGCAAAGUUCUACUGCUUCAAAAUCAAUGGUGUCAACGAGAUGGUGUUCAGAACAAAUCAAAGAAACACCACCUACCGGUCAGUGUCUGCCGUCGACAAGGGAGGUAACUCCAUUACAACGUGUGACCAGACGAUAUUUGAUCAUUUUAAAGCAGGAGGAAUGGCUACGCUGAAAGUGAGAAAAGAUGGCGACCGUUACAAACCGAAGUGUGGAGAAAUUAUGCAUUCAGACAACGUAAUGUCAUGGAGGUUCAAGUUCCAGGAGUUCCCUGUCACGUCCUCGGCGUACGAUGUCCUGUUUGAGGUGACGUGCGACUUCACUAAGGCGGACACACUACAGAGACGUAUUACCACUGAAGGCGAGAGACCACCAAACCAGACAACAACACUAGCUGAAAGUAAGCUGUCCGUCAGCUUUGACGUCAUCGACCCUUACAAGCUAGUUCCUGUCACCACUGCCACUCUGGGACAACAGGUGCAACUGCAGAUGAAGCUCAACAACGAAGUCGAGUAUGGUAUCAGUGCUAUAGCACCUUUCAACUGUUCUGUCAGCACGCCUGAUGACCGUUAUCAUGUUUUGGUGUCUGAUGAAAAUGGAUGUAUGACCGACAACGCCCAGAUUCAGUUCCCUGCUACGGAUCUCCUGACGUGGCGCAGUGACCUGUUCGAGACGUUCGCCUUCCCCGGUUACGACAAGCUCCUCUUCCGGUGUCAGUUCCAUGUGUGUUUCGACGAGGAACACCCUAUCUGUCAUGAUAUGUGCACCCACUCCAAGAAGAGGAAGGUCAAGAAGAUGAGGAAGAGAAAACGUUCCCAUAAACAUCUUCAACAAGUAGAGAUCGGGACAACACUUUCUGUCCGGAAUUAGAAUGAGUGCGUUUAGUGUUGUGCCGCUUUUAGCAAUAUUCGAGCAAUAUCGCCACAGGCACACCACAAAUGGGCUUCACACAUUGGAAUAUCUAACCCCUGUCUUCACCAACGCUUUAAACACGAGGAUUAACCCACCGCUCCCUGAAUUAGAAAUUAUUAUGAACAUUCAUUUUUGUCUAUAGAGCCAACGUCAUAUUUACCCUGCUUUAGAUAUCUUAUACAUCCACUGGUGAGGAAAUAUGGUUUUACGGCUUUCCAGCAGUAUUCCAGCACUAACAAUCGAGUACACUGGACAUGGCGUCCACACACACCCAUUUUGGGUCUCGGUUUCGAUCCUUAAGAAGGAUGAAUGGAACGCUGUUGCUAAUUGGUUACCACACCGUUACCAUAGACAUUGUGACGAUUACACAAUGAUUUAACUUACUGUGAUCAUUGUUUUAAGCAUCACUUUGUUAUUCAUAAUGUCAUUAUUGACAGAUUGAAGACCAAGAGACACGUUUCAUCAACUACCUUCUGACUCUAUAACGUUAAUUAUAAUACGAUACAGCUCCCAUACUUGACAAUGGGAAUUUCUCAUGGGUUGUUCUCUGUACAUUGUUUUAUUUGAAAUUUCUAAUAAUUUUGUGUUGUUUGUAGUAAUAAAUACACGCCAUUGGUUAAGUAAAAGUGUGCCAAGCAAUCAUA